UUGAAAACACUCUGGGAAAAGACAACGCUGCCCUAACAUCUACUAACACAACCCUCUAUUUUUACGGUGAGACACGCUUUGUUGGAAAUCAAGGUUUCUAUGGGGGUGCCUUAUCCCUAUACAAAUACUCUAUAAUGUACUUCUAUGAGAAUGCCAAUGUUGUGUUUACCAACAACCAUGCAUGGAGAAGUGGAGGAGCAAUAUAUGUCGACACUAUGAGCUAUGCACAACCUGGAAGUGACCUGCGUAAGCCACUCAGUGUAAAAUACCAAUGCUUCUUCUAUGGUGCAUGUGAGAAUUGUAACAGGAAAAAACCUCUUAACUUUUGUAACAAUACAUCAAUUGAAGGGGGAGAUGCUAUUUAUGGUGGAUCAAUCAAUCGCUGUUACUUUAGAAAAUCAACAGCUGAAUCUGAAAGCCAUAAUAAACCUACAGAAAGGAAUGGUGCUCUACAACAAUUUCAACAAAUGACUACAUUUUGUUCAAACUAUACACUUCCUCAAACGUCACUGACAGUUACAUCGUCACCAUACUAUCUUUGUUUCUGCCAGUCUAGUGGGAUAUUCUGCAACACUGUAGAGAAGGAAACAACCAUUGUACCUGGUCAAACAAUAGAACUCUCAAUAGUUGCAGUCGGUCAACUCCAAGGAGCUACAUUGGCCACAGCACAAGCAAGACUAAUGCUCCCAUACACGGAGCAACUAAAUUCAAACCGCCCGUACAUUCCACGAUCUCAAGCCAGACAACUCUUAGGGCUAACCUGCACCAAGGUACAUUACACUGUACAUGCUCCCAUAGGCAACCAAACACUAGUACUUGGCAUAAAUGAAAUUGCUAAUGAAGAAGUACAAUUAAGACUAGAAUAUUUUGCUGAUGAAUUGGUAAGAGAACAUGCACAAUUCACAGAUGAAGUUCCUUUACUUCUUUACAUCAUCAUACAACCAUGUCUUCCGGGAUAUAUUUACAACACAGUAAGUUUGGCAUGUGAAUGCCUUCAAUCCAUAACAGCUGCUGGCGUACAGUGCAACAUUGACAAUCAAACAGUGAUCAGGUCUGGCACAGUAUGGGUGAAUGCAACUAACGACACAGUCAUAAUACACAGCCACUGCCCACUGGGUUACUGCAAUCAGAAACAAACUGAGCUAUCUCUAACUAACCCAAGUGUACAGUGCUCUUUUAAACGGUCAGGAACAUUGUGUGGCCAGUGUGGAGGUAAUCUCAGUCAGAUGCUGGGAAGUUCAGAUUGCCAAGAAUGCUCUAAUCUCUGGUUACUGUUGAUUAUUCCUGUAACACUAGUCAGUGGAAUGUUAUUGGUGGUGUUGCUUAUGGGUAUGAAUCUCACCGUAGCAACGGGCACUAUUAACGGACUGGUACUCUACGCUAACAUAGUCAGAGCUAACAAUGAUAUCUACUUUAGCGUUAAAACUUCAAAGAUAACGGAGAUAUGUAACGUGUUUAUAGCAUGGAUCAACUUAGAUGUCGGUAUCGAGGUUUGUUUCUAUAAUGGACUGGAUGCUUUUUAUAAGACUCUGUUCCAACUAGGUUUCCCUAUCUACAUAUGCACCAUUGCAGUUACUAUCAUAGUAUCAAGUCACUACUCCACAAGAGCUGCUAGGCUAAGCGGAAACAAUGCUGUACAAGUUCUAGCCACCCUUUUUCUCCUAUCGUACUCUAAGAGUAUACGACUUGUGAUUACAGUAUUUUCAUUCACAACGCUUAACCUGGAGCACUACAACAACGAAAAUAGUGUACACAAACUUGUGUGGUUAUAUGAUGGAAAUAUUGACUAUAUUCAAGGCAAACACAUCGCUCUGUUCUUGAUAGGAAUUCUCAUUCUAGUUUUGGUCUCAUUCCCAUACACAGCUGUUCUCAUUUUCAUUCCGUGUCUACAGAAGGUGUCUCACCAUCGAUGGCUGACAUGGGUAUGGAAAAUGAAACCUUUAUUCGAUGCUUACACCGGACCAUACAAGAGCAAACAUCGGUAUUGGACUGGGCUAUUGCUACUGCUAAGAGUUCUCCUCUAUGCUACCUUUUCACUAAACAUAGCUGGAGAUCCAUCCAUUAAUUUACUGGCCACGUCCCUAUUAAUGAUGAUCACACUCGCCUACUUACCGCUCGUUGGUAAUGUUUAUAAAUCAAGAGCACUCAGUAUUCUAGAGUAUGCUUUCUUAUUAAACCUUACCAUGCUAUCAGUGUGCAGCCUCUUUGCUCUAUUGACAGGCCGAGAUCAAGAAUUGAUCACGGACAUAUCCGUCGUUAUUACCAUGACACUUUUCUGUAGUAUCUUAAUCUAUCAGGCAUACAUGCGUUUAAUGCUACUCAAGAUUAUGAAGAGGAGGUUUGUAAAGAAACGAGAAUCAAGGGAAGAAGAGAACCAUGAAGAAGAUUACAAAGAGAGAGAGAAUAAUGUUGUGUCUAUGCAGAUUGUGUCCAUUAGGGAGCCACUUUUGGAAAUGGAAGAAGUUACUUCCUAACAGACGUACUAUAAAAAUGUAGCUGAGCACUAAGGGCCACAUGAGCUUACACACUAGAACGCUAUUAUAGCUAAAGCACUUAAGAGUGAAUAUGUUGGUAUAGCAUGUAUAAUGUUCAAGCAUUUACUGUUGAUAGAGAACACAAUGCAACAGCUUAGGAUAUAUAUAGCUCUCUAGAUAAUAGCUAAA